AACAUGUGGUGUGUGUUUUAAGCAGUUCAAAUUAAGGGAUGUAUGUGACUGAAACAAUAGAACUAUUCUAUGGUUAUAGAAUAAACUAUUACAGAUAAUCAUCCUUUUUAGAUAUUCCAAGUGAUCAGCAGUGAGGCUAAGCAAGUGGUGAUUUUACCAAUGAGCAAUGGCCACUCACUGGUUCUCAACAAAUGACACACAAAAGCUACUGGAAAACAAAAAGGUUGUCAUUAUUGGAGAUUCAGUUCAGAGAGGUGUCUACAAAGAUCUAGUUUGCUUGUUACAAAAGGAUCAGCUUCUCAAACCUGGAGACUUAAAAAAGAAGGGUGAAGAUAGUUUUGAAGGGGACGAACUCCUAGAAGGUGGAAGCAAGGCGGGAUUGAAAAACGUGAAGUACAAAGAAGUUCGAAGAUUUGCGAAAGGGGCAACGGUGAUAAUGUUCUACUUCGUUUCACGCUGCUACGGAGACUACGUGAAAUCUAUCAUCGAUACUUUUGACAACGCACCGCCGGAUAUCGUUAUUAUGAACUCCUGUCUUUGGGAUCUUUGUCGUUAUGGAAAGAAUUCCAUCUCGGAAUUUAAAGAGAACGCCAAAGAGCUGCUUGAGGCCUUAGGACUAGUGAUGCCUUUUGAGAGUAAGAAGAUGUUUAUAUGGAAUGCCUCUCUGCCUGUUAUCGACAGUCGCAGGGCAUCUUGUGUUCCCUUCGAUUUUCCGCAAGAUUUUUAUCCGGAGAACGAAAGUGUACGAGGCGCUAAUCUGUACGUUCGUGAUCAGAUGAUCGAUUACGGAAAUCACUUUGUUUUUCUUGAUCUUUAUAACAUUUUUCACGGACAUCUCAACCACCGCAUUCAUGAUGGAGUACAUUGGGAUGAUUUCGCCCACAGGAAAAUAACGCAUUUUCUGCUAAGCGAGAUUUCUGAGCAGUUGGGUUUCAAACUACCUUGCAAGGAAAACACCCCUCCUGUCGUUCCCAGCGAUCCCCGUAGGACUAUUAGACCAUCUUUACCUUCCAUUCCAUCUGUCGGUGGCCGACGAUCGCACGGUUUUGUACCAAACCAUUCGACUUCACCGUAUCAGAGACCGAGACCAAAAGCAGCCCAUCAUGUUCACCAUCCUCCGUACAGAGCGACCAAUCCUCUGCCUUAUCCGUUAUUGACAACUAUGGCCAGGCUGAGUUACCAGGGGGCGAGAUUCCUGGGCUCCAAUUUCCCUUUGCGUUAG